AAGGGGGAAGAGACCAGAGACAGCCUGAAGGUGCAACACUUGAAUGGGGAUGUUGUUGGACACGGGGGGAGAGAAGAGUUCUUUUCUGUCGCCAUCAAUUGCUUGUCAUGAGACAGGGAGGGAAUGUACUUACGGAGUCUGUCUGAUGUACUAGCACAAAAACACAGUCACACAGUGCCUCAUGAUUAGCCACCACAGACCUACAGCAACACAAGUGCAGCUCCAUUAAGUGAUGUUAACCUGGUUGUAAAAUGGUCUUUAACUCUUGUCUGAUGACGUUGAGGGUAUUUUAGACCGUUUAGGACUUUUAAGGUUUUUCAUUUUGCUGCAAUCUGAAGUUUAAAGGAAAACAAUAAAAAUAUUCCUGUAAUAUAUUUGUUACACUAUAAUAAAAUUAUUACAGUAGGUACAUUUUAUGUACUGCCAGAAUUGACAGAAAUUAAAAUCAUGUUUUGCAUGAAUUUGUUUUCCCACACUAUUUUCCACUAAUUUCACCGGUUUCCAGCUAUGUGGUCCCUUCCCAGUUUAGGAAGUGAGUCAUAGCCCAGUGGUCCGUCGCAGUACACGGGAAAGGAGAGCGGAUGGGAGGGAGAGAGGAGGAAUCAGAUUAACAUCGCUAGAGAGGCUCGGUCGAAGGAGGGGAAAACGGGGAGGACUCGAUCUCAUUCGCGGACGAAAAACGGACAACAAAUCAGCGAUUGAAUCUCAAACAAAACUGAAAAUGCUUCAGCAAGAUCGGGCCAUGAACCCUGUCCUGGGAAGUCAAGCUCUGGUUGCACCACAGUUAACUCUGCACAUCCAUACUAAUAGUCAAAAGAGACGCGAGAAAGAUGGUAACUUUAACUUUCUGGGGCAGGAUGAUGACACUAUGACAGGAGAUGAAAAUCGCAACCAGGUGCGCCCAAGAGCUUUGGGCCGUGAUCUGCCUCUUUCUUCCAACCACUAUGGACCUGGACCCCUCUCCCCAUUGUCUCGUCUGCCAUGCUGGAGCCCUUUGGAGCCUCUUCCAGAGAUUGAAAGUGGAGACGAUAUGGGUGGCAGAGUGCCUCCAGAUGGUGCAGAGGAAGGCAAGGUUGAUGAAGAGAUGAGGAGAGUGACAGAUGAUGAAAAGGAGAAGACACUGGGAAAGAGUGAGAAAGUGGAGGACCUACUGGAUGAUGAUGAAGAGGUGGAUGGAGUGAUCGACUGGGCUGACAGUGAUGAAGAGUUUGAUUUCAGCUACAGGUCAGAAAGCUCUUCCCCAUUCAGCACAGAGAGUGGUGACAUUGGGGCCGCAGGGUCCCACAAUUCCAUCUGGGAUCAAAUCUGCCGUGAACGUCCAACAGCUGACAAUGGGAAUAGGAAGGCGACUGCAGAGACCCUGAAAAACCAAAACCAUGAGGAUAAGAAAGCAGAGCGGCGUAGAGAGAGCCUGGAGGGCACAGAUGCAGUUGAAGAUCACUUGUCCGACUCUGAUAUCGACCCCUGUUCUGAGCUACCGGACCUUAUGGAGGCUGUUUGGACACUACAGGACCGAGAGCGGUUUAAAGCACAGGAGAUGGAGAAGCAUCAGGUCCAGCUGACCAUGUAUCGUCGCCUGGCCCUUAUCCGGUGGGUUCGCACCUUACAAAAUCGUGUCCAGGAGCAGCAAAACCGCCUCCAGUCAAGUUUCGAUGUCAUUCUUACACAUAGGAAAGAGCUUCUACGCAUGGGUGCUGCCACUGCUGCCCAAUAACAGAGAAAAUUUGAGAAAUUUCAUGAGACCAUCUGAUGACUAUUAUCAUGUGUAAAGUAAUAUUUGCAUCUUUGUGCAUCUCAUUCUUUUUAAUCAAAUUACCUCCUGGGUCUCUGAACUAUUUUGCCCUAAUGUUCCAUAAUGGCAAACUUUUCUCACUAUCAUAAAUGUGACCCUGGAGCAAAGAAACAGUCUUAAGUUGCUGGGGUAUAUUUGUGGCAAUAGCCAAAAAAACCAUUGUGUGGGUCAAAAUUUUUGUUUUCUUUUAUGCCAAAAAUCAUUAGGAUAUUAAGUAAAGAUCAUGUUCCAUUAAGAUAUUUUGUAAGUUUCUUACCGUAAACAUAUCAAAACUUAAUUUUUGAUUUGUAAUAUGUCCUGCUAACAACUUAUUUGGACCACUUUAAAGGCGUGGUAUUAAUAUUAACUUUUUUUUUUUUUUUUUUUUUUUUUGCACCCUCAGAUUCCAGAUCUUCAAAUGGUUGUAUCUCAGCCAAAUAUUGCAAUAUCCUUACAAACCAUAUCAAUGGAAAGAUUAUUUAUUCAGCUUUCACCAUAUGCAUAAAUCUCAAUUUUUCAAGAAAUGUACCCUUAUGAAUGGGUUUUGUGGUCAAGGGUCACAAAUGUGGUUAAAAGUCCCCCAAAUAUCACCUUGAACUGUGUCCGAGAACUGUGUUGGUUAUUAAUGUUUCUGAACUCCUCCAACCUGAUAUGUUAAAAUAAUUAGAAAGUGUCAUAUAAAUGUUUCUGUGUGGUAAUAAAUUAUAUUUAACAAUAAAAGCACAAUGUGUCUU